GGCGGGGGCAUCGAAUCGGGUUCCAACGGGCCGAAUACUGUAUUACUCGGUCAGUCGGUCUAGAGGUACGACAUCGGCAUAACGCGCCCUCGUGUCACUGACGUGGUGUUGUGUGUGGAUACUGUCACCAGGGUAGAGGAAACUUUUGCUUGCUUGUUGCUGUUGUUGAUGUUGCUGUUAUUGUCGGUACCGCCAAGCGGAUCCGUCGGGUGCGCGCCACCUUUGAGAGAUCGCAACCAUCCGGGAUUUGGAACCGACGAUUGGUGAUUGAUUGACCGGGAACCGGGAGACUUGUUCCAUGCAAUAAGCGACGAACCCGAUGUGGAUGGGAUGUUUGGAUUUUGUGUGUUCAACUAAUAGAAGCUAUUUAGUGAAAUUUGUGUCGAUGAAUUGUUAGUGAUUAGACAAAUACUACGAUCGAAUGAAAGUGGUUUUUUGGAAACAAGUGUUCAAUACGUUUGUCGAAUACUGAUUACGUUAGAGCUAAUUUUCGUCGAACGCCAAAUCGUGCAAGGAUCAGUCGAUUGCACUGAAGCAAAACAGUUUGGUGAAAAGUUUCGCCCACACCGACAGAAAGGGGGAGAGUUUUUUCAUGUUGGUGAGCAAGUGUGGUAACAAAAAAAACGUAGUUCAUUAAUUAAUUUUACUCUGUCGAGUGGAAAAUUAUAUGUAAAUUUCUUGCGGCCUGCGAGCUCGCCAAGUGAACGAAAAUACCUACAAGACGGUUGCAGCGUCGGCAGCGUUGGCGGCCGGUGGAGGCUUAGCUGGGCUAUGGCAUGAAAAAAGGUGAUGAGUAAAUAAAACAGAAGCACUGUGAAACAGUUGGAUGGUCGGUGAAAAGUUUGAUCGUAUCGAUAACGAGACAAGUGGAUGCGAAACACAACACCAGAAGAAGCCAUCGGGAAAGUCCCCCGGCCUGUCCUAAAUAAAUCAUCUCUCAACCGACGGAAGACACCGAAGAAAAUAUUCAAAACAAAUAAAAAAAAAUAAGCUACAGAUUUAUUUCAGUGUGGGAUUGCCGCUUUGGAAAAUAUUAAAAUUAGAUGAUCUGCCGUGUGUAUCUCCUGAAGAGAGGUGAAAACGGAAACAAGUGAGACAACUCGACCCGAGAGGCAGUGUGAUUAUCGCUUAGGCGUCCGAAAUAAAUCCACCACGAAAAAAAAGUCAUCAUUUAGUGGGAAAGUGAUGUGAGUAGUCGUCCCAGAAGAAGAAAUUUACAGUUAAUCGCCGCCCGUCGCACACAUUCACGAACGGUGCGGGCGCUCGAGGCGACAACGGCGCGGGAUUUGAGAUUUGUUUUCGUUUCUAUUUUCCUCAACCGGAUCAAACGCAGUGAAUCGUAUCUCAGACAGGGGGCACACAGCCGAGAAAAGUAGUGCGCUCCGGCGACAUUUGUGACAAGUGUCAAGUGACAAGUGCAUGUGAUCCGUCGCCGUUGUCGUCGUCGUCGUCGUCGUCAUCCUCCGAGUGCCGUUUUGGGCAUUGGCCACGACACGAGGCCCCAAGUGGAUUAACUGUUUGACACUAAGCUCGCUCGAGGAGCACGUCUCGUGGGGGAGGUUAUCAGACAUUCCUGAGGCACUUAUCGUCGGGUGAACUGCGGUGAUCAAAACCAAGCUGACCAAGUGAGACCAACACGAACACGAGAGCUUCUAAUAAGGUAGGUGCGUGACGGGUCCGGAUUCAAAUGGCCCACUGAAUGAGCGCGUGCUUUCGAGUGGACCUAACCCAGCUGCUGGCCAGAUGGACGCAGUUCUCGUCAGGUACAAAGGUUGGAAGGAUCGCAAGAAAUGACAAUUUAUGAUCUCAUCGCCUGUUGCCACUUCCAUCUGCGCAUCCUCACCGAAUCUAACCGCUACGAACUACGAUGAUCGCCAACUGAUCGCCAUAUCAGCUCAACCGCAAAAUGCAUCACUGCCAUCAAUUGCCACCACCAAUCAGCAGCAGUAGCAAGAUCCGCAACAACUUAACCAAAGCAACCAAGCUCUUCAACCGGCCUACUGCAACCGCUCGACAACGACGUCAUUAAUUGCAACCAAAUCUUUUGGCGGCCUGCUACGCCCCGAAUCCUCGCGUAUCAAUUUAAAAAACAUUUAAAUUUUCGUAAUCUCCUCGGUGUGCCGGUGUGUAACCAAAAAAUAAAGCCGUUCAGUUAUCCGGUGCAGUAGCAGCAGCCGACGAAGAGCCGCGCAAAGUGCAUUCGCACAUAUUUAUGUUGGAAAUCAUCACGAAUGGCAUAAUGACUUCAUCGGGCAUGGACAUAAGUGAAUCGUUUCGGCCCGAGGAUCUGGGAAAGACAGACUUCUUCGACUUUGUGAGUGGAGGAUCGUCCGCAGUGACUGCCAGCACCUCUGGGGACAUGACCGUUGCCAACGGGGGCGCGGGGUCAUCAUCGACAGCAUCGACAGCAACCACGACGACCGCGGUGACGUUAACGGGCAGCACAGCGACAGGAGGACAGCCCAGGAUCCCGUCGGCUGUAGAUCGACCGCCGGGAACGGGCGGAGGCGGUCCCAAAAAUGCCGGCCCCGAAUCCCUUAAUGGAAGCCAGUCCACCACGAGCGGGAGUGGCUCCAGCAAUAGCAGCAGCAGCGGUGGUGCCAGUGGAAACAAUGGCCCUGCCAGCAAUCAACCGCUGCAAGGAUUCGAUCAGUUCUGGGGACCUGAUAAGGACGUCAACCGACUCGAUCAAUCCAUGUUCGACGAAAUGAAUCGCUACUGUUGGAUUCAGCAACAAAACAAUGGGCAACCGUCUGUGGGCUCCAUCAGUAAUUCCGUAGCUGAUACGGAUGGGCAGAUCUACACCCUCACAGUGCUCAACGGAGCUCCGGAACCAUGGGUCCUGCGGAAGGAUCCCACCCCAUCCGAGCCACCGCCUCCUGCCGCUAAUCUCGAUCUCGACACCAUUCUAGGAGGCUUUCCGGGCUACGUCAAGACCGAGUGCUUUUCCUACGAUGACAGCGGGUUCGGCACCGAUCACCACGCCAAGGAGGAUCCUCAGCAGCAACUGCUAACGCAGCAACAGCAGCAGCACCUGCACCAGCAAGUACAACAAAUACCGGUCUCGUCGACCAACAUCGUCCUGUCCAACAACCUGAUGGACCCGAACAGUGUGAUAGCCUAUCAGAACAAUAACAACGACUGGCAAAUGUCAGACCACAAUGUGAUAGAGCACGAAACCCCCGAGUCCCUACUACGGAGUGCCCUGCAAGGCAAGGGUUACACCAAAGGAACAGCCGUCCAGCUGCAAAAUGGCAUCACGGUAAUACCUGCCGGGCAGAUCAAAGAGGAAGACCUGAGGAGAGUUCUCUAUUCCAGCGAUGCCGAAACGCUUGGUUACGCAGACUCGACACUCACGAAUCCUCUAUUCGAAGAUUCCACCUUGCACUCACCCAACUCGAACCACCCGCAGCAACACCAACCACACCCUGCCAGCCUUGGUGGCGGCUCAAUAGGUGAUCUCGGCUCAGGAGUCGUGGUUGACGACGACAUGUUCCUCACCCUAGAGCCCAGCUUCACUGAAGAUUACGAGAAGCUGAAACGGAUCGCCUCCGAGGUCCAGCAGUUCUGCACGGACAACAACAACUAUACCGAAAUCAUCGUUGAAUCAGCUGCCAUCAACCACCAACAUCAAAAUCCUAGCCUUAUCAGUAGUAAUAACAGUAAUCAGAACCUAGUGAUAUCCAGCGUCAACAGUGGCGCUAGCCACCACUCGAUAUCGACGACCACCUCGUCCGACGUGGUAACCACGACCUCAACCACCAAGGUGAAAGCGCCUCGGUCAUCCAAGAAGUACAAGCGAUCUCUCACCAGCAGCAGUGCAAACGCCACCACUACCACCAACAACAACAACAGCAUAACGCACAACAAUAACAACACCAGCAUGAGCAAUCUCAACACCACCUCGGCGUCGUUACUCAGCUCAACCAAUCACAGCCCCAGUAACAACAACCCCAGCCCGACGCACUGCAAUGGCCAGCGGAAAGAACGAUCUCUCCACUACUGUUCGAUCUGCUCCAAGGGCUUCAAAGAUAAAUACUCCGUCAACGUUCACAUUAGGACGCACACCGGCGAGAAACCUUUCGCAUGUUCGCUCUGCGGAAAAAGCUUCCGCCAAAAAGCUCAUCUGGCCAAGCACUACCAAACGCACAUGGCCCAGAAGAACCCCUCCGGCAGUGUUAAGGCCAGCAAAUCGAACCGAGCAGCGGCAGAGCAAGCGGCAGCAUCAGCAGCUGCUGCUGCGCAACAGCAAGCCGGUCCCCCGCAACUGUCACCGUCUCCGGUACCGGUGCAGUCAAACCUUCUCCCGCCACUGCAGUCUGUCCAGCAGGUGCAACAGUCGGUGUCGCAACCGAUUCUACUCAACACUGCCACCAUCGUUGCCGGCCGGUAACUGGCCUCGGAUAUUACAUAAGAGUGAAACAGCACAGACCCUCACUGCCCGCAAAAAAAAACAAUUCAGAUGAGUUCGCAAAACCGAAAACAACCAUUAGUAUACAAUAGUAUGGAACGCACAAUUUUUGGAAAAUGAAAUGUUGCCAGUCUGAUGGAUUUUUUUUCACUUGUUUGUUUUCUACCUGCUCAUUAUCCAUGAUUCUAUAGUACUUUAUUUAUAGUAUAACUCUUGUGUUAUCUUGGGUCAUCUUGUCAGUUAUGUUUAAAACGAAGUUUCACGAAAUAUUGACGUUUCCCGUAAAAAAAAUCGCUCAAACGAUUCUUUAACUUGUUCUUGAUCAACUUUCUCAAAAAAUCCAUAUUGCUAACGCCUCUAAAUAUUUUUUUAAAUUUAAAACUAAAAAUAAAAAAAACCGCUGCAAGUUUACUUUUGGACCAAAAUUUGCCUAAUUUUGUAAUGACCUCAGACCAAUUUUAGACCAACAUUUGAAAAGUAACAGCCAAAAUGUAUUCCUUCUGAUUCUUUGUCCACAUAUAUACAGUCGCGAUUCGCUGGUUGGGCCACGACCUCGGCCCAACUAACGAAUUCGGUUUUUUAGUUGGGCCAACUGACAGCCAUUUGAACACGUGUAUUUCGAUUUGAACAUCACAAAUGAUGUCCAGUGACGCCCAAUCCUGU